GCAGUCUGCCUUCCUCCCUGUCUGCCUCGGAGCGUGCUGGGAGUAGUUGGGAGGAGGGGGAACCAAGAGCGGGCACGCGCGUGGGGGUAACGAUUCCCAAACGGGAAGGCACUCCCGGAAAUCACCCAAACUGGGCUGGAGGUUCGGCUCCGGCUGCCGCGCUUUGGUUGGACCCACCGGGAGAAAGUUGUGAAGCCGUUUUUGCUGCCGCGGCGGCUGUUGCGCCGUUCGCGGAGUUGAGGAUUCGCGGGUGGAGGGGGGAAGCGGGACCGCGGCCCCGCCGUGUAUUCACGGGGGAAGCAGAACCAUGAUGAAGGACCAAAGCCCCGCGCGCCUUCGGAACCCGUUUGCUGCUUAAAACCGAGCUGCCUGGGUCGCGUCCGCCUUCGCCCCUCGGUUCCACCGGGACGGGAUGCCGCGGUAGGAUUCCCGCUUGUUGACAAACACUUUCCCCUGAAGUUUGGAAGGAGCCUCGCGCGCAGAAACACGGAAAAUGUCCGCGCCGAGGUCCAAGAAGGACAAAGAGAUCAUCACGGAGUACGAGAGCCAAGUCAAAGAGAUCCGGGCUCAGCUGUUGGAGCAGCAGAAAUGCCUGGACCAGCAGACGGACAUGCGGGUCCAACUGCUUCAGGACCUCCAGGACUUUUUCAGAAAGAAGGCAGAGAUUGAGAUGGAUUAUUCCAGAAACCUGGAGAAGCUGGCCGAGCGCUUCAUGGCGAAGACUCGCAGCACCAAGGAUCACCAGCAGUACAAGAAAGACCAGAACCUGCUGUCGCCGGUCAACUGCUGGUACCUGCUCCUGAACCAGGUGAGGAGGGAGAGUAAGGACCACGCCACCCUGAGCGACAUCUACCUCAACAACGUCAUCAUGAGGUUCAUGCAGAUCAGUGAGGACUCCACGCGGCUGCUCAAGAAGAGCAAGGAAAUGGCUUUCCAGCUCCAGGAAGACUUGAUGAAAGUCCUAAAUGAGCUUUACACAGUCAUGAAGACCUAUCACAUGUACCACUCGGAGAGCAGCAACGCUGAGAGCAAGCUGAAGGAGGCUGAGAAGCAGGAGGAGAAGCAGACUGGCCGGACGGAUCCAACUUUCAACAUGCGGAUGGAGGACAAAUACCAAAGACGCAGUUCUGUGAAGAAGAUCGAGAAAAUGAGAGAGAAGCGCCAAGCCAAGUACUUGGAGAACAAGCUGAAGUCGAUCAAAGCCCGAAACGAGUACCUGCUGACACUGGAGGCCACCAAUUCGUCUGUUUUCAAAUACUACAUCCACGACUUACCCGACCUGAUAGACUGCUGUGAUUUAGGGUAUCACGCCAGUCUGAACCGGGCACUGCGGACCUACUUAUCGGCCGAAUACAACCUGGAGACGUCUCGCCAUGAAGGGCUGGACAUCAUUGAGAAUGCAGUGGACAGCCUGGACCCGCGGAGCGACCGGCAGAGGUUCAUGGAGAUGUACCCCACAGCCUUCUGCCCACCGGCCAAGUUUGAGUUCCAGUCUCACAUGGGGGACCAGGUGUGUCAGAUCACAGUUCAGCCACCCGUGAACGGGGAACUCAACCUGAGGUUCCAGCAGCUGCAGUCUCGUCUGACCACCCUGAAGAUCGAAAACGAGGAGGUCAAGAAAACAUCGGAGGCCACCUUGGCCACCAUCCAGGACAUGGUGACCAUCGAGGACUACGACGUGUCCGAGUGCUUCCACCAUAGCCGCUCCACCGAGUCGGUCAAGUCCACCGUGUCAGAGACGUACCUCAGCAAGCCCAGCAUCGCCAAGAGGAGGGCCAACCAGCAGGAGACGGAGCAGUUCUACUUCAUGAAAUUUCGUGAGUUUCUGGAGGGCAGUAAUCUGAUUUCCAAGCUGCAGGCCAAAAACGACCUUCUGAAGAGGACGCUGGGCGACGGCCACAGAGCUGACUACAUGACCACGAGACACCCCAACGGGCAGCUCAGAACCCACACUGGCCCCAGGCGGGCUAGACCCCGCUCAAUUUUUCACGUUAAGUUAUUUAAUGGCAAUCUGGACUCUUACAUUAAGGAUUCGGGACAGGCCAUCCCUCGCGUGGUUGAGAGCUGCAUUCGUUACAUAAACCUGUAUGGCCUCCAGCAUCAAGGAAUAUUUCGGGUUCCUGGAUCCCAGCUGGAGGUGAACGACAUCAAGAACUCGUUUGAGAGAGGAAAUGAUCCUCUGACCGACGAUGAGGACAACCACGACAUGAACUCAGUGGCUGGAGUUCUCAAACUGUACUUCCGGGGUCUGGAAAAUCCUCUUUUCCCUAAAGAGAGGUUUAACGAUCUGCUGUCGUGCAUCAGGAUAGAGAACCUCUACGAGAGGGCGCUGUACAUUCGGAAGAUCCUGCUGACGUUUCCCAGAUCCGUCCUCGUGGUGAUGCGCUACCUGUUCGCCUUUCUGAACCACCUGUCCCAGUACAGCGAUGAGAACAUGAUGGACCCGUACAACUUGGCCAUCUGCUUCGGGCCCACACUCAUGCCCACGCCGGACAGCCAAGACCAGGUGUCCUGCCAGGCCCACGUGAACGAGGUCGUCAAAACCAUCAUCAUCCACCAUGAGAGCAUCUUUCCUGACGCCAAAGAGCUGGAAGGGCCCAUCUAUGAGAAGUGCAUGGCGGGGGGAGACUACUGUGAAAGCCCCUUCAGCGAACAUGGAGCCCUGGAGGAGGUGGACAACGAGGGAGGGACGGAGGCGCACACCAGCGAGGACGAGGCGGAGCCCAUCGAAGCCAUCGCCAAGUUCGACUACGUCGGGCGCUCCUCUCGAGAGCUGUCCUUCAAAAAAGGCGCCUCCCUGCUGCUCUACCAGCGGGCGUCGGAGGACUGGUGGGAGGGACGGCACAACGGCAUCGAUGGUUUGGUGCCGCAUCAGUACAUCGUGGUCCAGGACAUGGACGACAGCUUCUCCGACACUCUGAGUCAGAAGGCCGACAGCGAGGCCAGCAGCGGCCACGGCGGCGAGGACAAGUGCUCGGGCAAAGACGUGUGCUUGCCCUCCGAUACCAGGAUCGCUGACGCUUACAUGGCAAGGCACAGAAAAAGGUCAGAGCCGCCCUCCCGGCGGCCCCCCGCCCGCCCCAGCGACGUCCACUGCACGGUGCACGUCUCCCAGCAGAGCCACGGCGGGACCCCAGAAAUGGGCUCGCCCAUCCUGGGCCACUUCAGCCCGAGGGACGCGCUGCGCGGCCGGGGCCACCUCCCCGUGGACAGCCCCGAGCGGCGGCACCGCCUCGGCCACAGCAGCCUCACCAACAUCAGCCGCCACGAGUCCCUGAAGAAGUCGGAGAGCCCGCCCAUCCGCCGCUCCACCUCCUCGGGCCAAUACCCCGGCUUUACCGACGCCCACCUCCUCCACCACCACCACCACCACCACGGGGGGAAGGCGCUGGACCCGGAGACCAUCGCACAGGACAUCGAGGAAACCAUGAACACGGCUCUGAACGAGCUGCGUGAGCUGGAGCGCCAGAGCUCCGCCAAGCACGCCCCCGACGUGGUGCUGGACACCCUGGAGCAGAGGCAGACCUCUGGCGGCGGCGGCGGCCCCACGCCGGCCAGCUCCAGAGAGUCCCUGAGCCCAAUCCACAGCGUCACGCUGAGGGCGGCCGUCAACACGGAACCGCCCGUCCGGAGAAACGCCAGCGACCCCGUGAGCACCUUCAAGCCGGCCGUCGCACCGCGCAUGGGGGUGCAGCUCAAACCCCCCACUUUGAGGCCCAAACCCAUGGUCCUGCCUAAAAGCAGCCCGGCGCCGCAGCCUCCCGCCGCUCCGGCUCAGGACCCCCUGGACAAGUCCUGCACCAUGUAACUCUGGAGGCAAGAGCGCAUCUCCUCAAACUACCAGCAGGGGGCAGUCAGGUCCUACAAAUGUCAAACUGAACUUUUGACAAUCCUGUGGAUUUCUGUACAGAAGCAGGAGGACUAACCAGAUUGAAGACUUUUUGUAGUUACCAUGUAGAAGAAUUAGUCUGAAACACAUUUAUGUUUUUAAAAGCUUGGCGUCGGUCUGUCUAGCAUGUUUAUUUUUUUAUUCAAACGGAAAAUGAAAAAAACUUCCUGGAGUGUUUUUAGGCUUCACCUGCUUUAGCAGACAGACUUUGAUGAACUGAACGUCUCCUGGUUUACCGGCUAAUCCCUCUUUGGUUGGAGUGGAACAGGUCCAACUUUCAACAGGUAAAUGGUGCUGCGAGGACCCAGAGCGUCUGAGGAACUGUCCUCGGCGAGCUAUUUAUUGACGGGACUCAUCGGUGAAGCUUUUCCUUCCAUAAAACCUGGAGGAACGCCCUCUGAGACAAAAACCGUCUUCACAGGUCAUUUGGAUUUGCAUUUAAAGACAAACAACAACAGGAUGAAACCACUAUUUUGUUGUGAACGCCGAGCAUGUCGACGCCCCCCUUGAAUUCCUGCAGCUUUAGCGGAUGGCGUGUGUUCCGUGUGCGUUUGCAUCUGUCGGACAUGUGAAAGAUGAGAUCAUCUUCACGUCUGCAACCACCGGCUUCCAAGCAUAGAAACCCUGUGACGUAAAGACUGUGGAAGCUCCGCCUACCGCCAUGCUCACGACGCCCCUCCCACUCCGCCACGCCUACAGGAAGACAGCAGCGUUGAACCCGCCUGUUUUCAGUCCGCCGCUUGCGUGUGCGUGUCCACGUGUCCCAGAAAACAUUUGAAGAUGGAGAAUCCUCAGAAGGUUCUCCUGGAGGCGUGGCGUCCGUGGCAGAUCUUUCUAACAGCAGGUCUACGAUUGAUGCGUUUUGUGUAGAUUCAUCUAAAUGUGUGUUACUAACUGCGUUAUUUUUUUAUCCUGUGUAUUGGGAGGUUAGACGUCAGAGACAUCCACAGGUUUAGAGCAGUCGUAGAAGAGGUCGUGGCCUUUGUCCCCAUCCAACGUCGGCGGUAGGACGCGGCGGCGGCGGCGCCGUCUGCAGCUUUAAACUAACCUGUGGUGUUGUGUACGUCUGUAGUGUGUUCCUGUGAAAGUGCCUUUGCUGAACUUCCUGGGGCGUUUUCAUGACAAACCUUUCCAUGACUGAAGAGGAAACCGCGUUUUCUGCAGAUGCCUGUACAUACGGUGACAGCGUCAUGUUUCUUUAAAUAAAACAGGUAGUUCUUCCAUC